AUGUCGGUCCUGUCGCGCAUUUUAGUAUUUGUUGGGCUAUUGUCGCUGUUUCAUGCGGCAUAUUCCGCCCAUGAAUUCUCGAUACUGUCCACCAAAUACCACAAGAAUGCUCCUCUGCCGCUCGACAUCAAGCUUGAGACACUUAUAUCAGUGUUUUUGGCAUGCUUCGGUCUGGUUCUGGGUUCCGAACCCUUAAGACCUGUCAGCUGGAACGAGUGGGCGGGAAAGAUUGAAAAAGAAGGCGGACCGCAUCCAUUCCGCGGUCUUGAAGAUAGGGUCGGCUUUAUGGACAUCCGAGCGGAGCGGCGGGAGUUUGCAAACUGGGCAAAAGCGCAAGGCGCCGCUACGAAGAGCUAG